AUGCCACGAGUUCGAGUGCCUGUCCGACGAUCUGGAUAUCGAUAUACCGCACGACCUGGCCGACGAUAUCCCGUUGCACCUCCACCAGCUAGAGGAGGUCGCGGUUUACUAGGUGGUCUAGCCGGAUUACUCUUGUGUCUACUCUGUUUAGCCACACUCGGUCUUCUUGGUCUAUUUGCCUCAUUCAUUGCAGUCACCGCCUAUCUCGGCGAUGUUUAUCGUGCAUUGAAAUCAGCCGGUGGUAGUGCAAAUGGUCUUUAUGUGAAUAUGACCAUUUUGCUGGCUGCUCUGUGCUUUGCUGGUUUCCUUAAAUUGCGUCGAUCAUUAUAA